UCUGUAAAGUGUCUCUCGGGGGGCGCGGAGCGGGGGAAGAAACACCGGCAGGCAGCAGCCGUUCUGGGUCGCUUUGGGUUUCCUUUCCUCUCUCUCCCCUUCUGGAUGAGUCCAGAAUUGAUUCUGGAUCGUUGCUGUGGGAAAAGGCUUGUUCGCCUCCCGCCGCCGCUUGAGAACUCUUCCCCGCUCUAAUUAGGCGGUAGGUAGGCAUUGCCUCCUCAGAGCUCAGCCGGAUCCUCCGCAUCUUUUGCCGCUGGCCCAAGAUUUUCCAUCCCGUCUCCUUCCAAGGCGGAGAAGAAAUGAUCUCACUCGGCCCGUGGAAUGGAGACAGCUGGCACGCGUGAAAACCUGAAGGCACCGCGGGACUCGCAUCCCGGAGCCUAAGCCCUGCGAGCGUUCUCGGUCGCCUUUGCGAGCCGCGCGGGACUCGGCAGCGGCGGCGGAGGUGCCUCGGAGGAGGCAAGUUUUCCCCUAUGGCUGGGCUAUACAGCUCGCCUUUGAAGACCCUGGAAGAUCUAACCUUGGACUCCGGGUAUGGGGCAGGGGACUCCUGCAGGUCCCUCAGCCUCUCGUCCUGCAAGUCCAACAGCCAAGCCUUGGCCUCGUCUCAACCCCGGGGCAACUGGUGGUACUAUUCGGGCUCCAUAAACAGCCGCAACAACAGCUGGGACACCGUCAACACUGUCUUGCCGGAGGAUCCCGAAGUCGCCGAUAUUUUCGCCAAAUGCGCCAAGCUGCCCGACCUGGAGGAAUUCCCUUGGAGCGAAGAAGACGUGGAGAAGAUCCUGCGGAAGGGGAAGGAGGCGACCCAGGGGGGAGGCUUCAGCCCAGAAGCUGCGAGGAGGCUGUCGAUGCUCCUCCGGAGGCCGCUGAUCCGGAUCUCCCGGGAGGCGCAACGCCUGAGCGUGAUGCACGCCAAGUGCACCCGCUUCGAGAUCCAGAGCGCCAUCAAGCUGAUCCAGAGCUGGUCCCUGGCGGAAAGUUGCGUCCUGGCCACCGUCAAGGCUCUUUCGCUGUACAGCAUGAGCGCCGGGGACGGCUUGAGGAAAGGCAAAUCGGCCCGCUGUGGCCUCACCUUCUCCGUCGGGCGCUUCUUCAGGUGGAUGGUAGACACUCGGAUCUCGGUUCGGAUCCACGAGUACGCGGCCAUCGCUCUGGCCUCUUGCAUGGAGAACCUGGUGGAGGAGAUCAAGGGCCGGGUCCUGGCCAGCCAAAACCCAGACGGAGACGGGGCGGGAAGUGAGGUCUCCUCCGAGGUCCUCGAGGCGGUGAUCAACAACGACGCGGAGCUUUGGGGCGUCCUGCAGCCUUACGAGCAUCUCAUCUGUGGGAAGAACGCCAACGGUGUGCUUUCUCUGCCUGCCUACUUCAGUCCUUACAACGAUGGAUCGAUAUGCAGCAAUGGAAGAGCUGAUGCUUAUGCCCAGCUAGAACUUCGGACUCUAGAACAAUCUCUCCUGGCAACUUGCGUUGGAAGCAUCUCUGAAUUGAGUGAUUUGGUAUCACGAGCAAUGCACCACAUGCAGUGUUUGACUACCCUUCGUCCUGGCAUGAGCCCUGUUCGGCAAACGAGGCAACAGCAACCACCCAUCACCUGGUCCCCCGACGCCCUCCAUACCCUUUACUACUUUCUACGCUGCCCUCAGAUGGAAUCCAUGGAGAACCCCAACCUGGAUCCACCAAGGAUGGCCUUGAGUAAUGAACGGCCAUUCAUGCUUUUGCCCCCUCUGAUGGAAUGGAUGCGAGUAGCUAUAACCUAUGCUGAGCACCGGCGCAGUUUAACUGUACACAGUGAUGAUAUACGACAGACAGCGAGGCUGCUGUUACCUGGAUUGGACUGUGAACCUCGACAAUUGAAGCCAGAAUGCUGCUUUAGUUCCUUCCGACGAAAUGGAUGCAAAGGCUGCUACUGAAAAUUCCAGCAGGAUCUGGGGUUUCGAAUGUUGAACUGUGGAAGGACUGAUCUGAUUAACCAAGCUAUAGAAGCCUUAGGACCCGAAGGAGUUAAUACAAUGGAUGAUCAGGGUAUGACUCCCCUCAUGUAUGCCUGUACUGCUGGGGAUGAAGCCAUGGUGCAGAUGCUGAUUGAUGCUGGAGCAAAUCUGGAUAUACCGGUUCCUGGAAGGUUCAUCUCGAUACCAUCAGUUCAUCCUGAUAGCCGACACUGGACUGCGCUCACUUUUUCUGUAUUAAAUGGCCAUAUCUCAGUCGUCCAGCUGCUGCUGGAUGCAGGGGCCCAUGUUGAAGGUUCUGCUGUCAACAGUGGAGAAGACAACUAUGCUGAGACACCACUUCAACUGGCCUCAGCAGCAGGCAACUAUGAGCUGGUCAGUUUGCUACUGAGCCGAGGAGCUGAUCCCCUUCUGAGUAUGCUGGAGGCCAAUGGGAUCUCCUCAUCACUUCAUGAAGACAUGAACUGUUUCAGCCAUGCUGCUGCUCAUGGACACAGAAAUGUUCUGCGCAAGCUGUUGACCCAACCACAGCAGUCAAAGGGAGAUGUUCUCUCCCUGGAAGAGAUUUUAGCAGAGGGUGUGGAAAGUGAUACUUCCAGCCAAGGAAGUUCUAAUGAGGGCCAAGUUAAGUUAUGCAAAACCAGAAUGAAAGCAUUACAGGAGGCCAUGUAUUACAGUGCCGAGCAUGGCUAUGUCGAUAUCACAAUGGAACUGAGAGUACUUGGAAUCCCAUGGAAGCUGCAUGUAUGGAUUGAGUCACUACGAACAACUUUUUAUCAGUCUCGUUAUUCAGUGGUACAGAAUCUCCUACGGGAAUUUGUCACCAUUAAAGAAGAAGAAUACAAUGAAGAGUUAGUGAAUGAAGGACUGAAACUAAUGUUUGAAAUUCUCAGAACCAGCAAAAAUGACUCAAUCAGCCAGCAUCUCGCAGCUAUCUUUACUCACUGCUAUGGAAGCAGCCCCAUCCCCAGUAUUCCUGAAAUCAGAAAGACACUGCCAGCCCGCCUAGAUCCUCACUUUCUAAAUAACAAAGAUAUGUCUGAUGUGACGUUUCAAGUGGAAGGAAAACUGUUCUAUGCUCAUAAAGUUCUCUUGGUUACUGCUUCAAAUAGAUUUAAGACACUGAUGACCAAUAAAACAGGGCAAGACAGCCAAGGCAGUAAGAUUGUGGAAAUUAGUGACAUGAGAUAUAAUAUCUUCAAGAUGCUGAUGCAGUAUUUAUAUUAUGGAGGAAUGGAAGCCAUGGAAAUCCCCAUAGCUGAUAUCCUAGAGUUGCUCUCAGCUGCAAGUUUAUUCCAGUUGGACGGCCUCCAGCGCCACUGCGAGAUACUGUGUGCUCAGACCAUCAAUACUGAAAGUUGUGUUCACAUCUAUAAAUAUGCCAAGAUCCAUAAUGCCCCAGAACUGGCCUCUUUUUGCGAAGGCUUUUUUCUCAAGCAUAUGAACUCCCUGGUGCAGCAGGAAUCGUUCAGGCAGCUCAUCUAUGGCAGGAACAGUAGGGUUCAGGGCCUGGAUCCCCUCCAGGAUUUGCAGUCCACUUUGGCCAGAAGACUUCAUUCCGUUUAUGUAACUUCAAGAGUGUAAUUGCUAAGAUCCGCGGCCCUGCUGUUAAGGAAAGCCCCUGCUCAUUGAACUGCACUGAAAUGGGCCCAUCGUGGCUGCUUCAUCCGGCAGCCCAUCGUGGCUGCUUCAUCCGGCUUCUGAAGACAGUGCCUCUUCCACCACCUCAGCAAACUUAUCCAAAACGCAAGAAAAAUAACUCACAUGCCAGAAUGGUUUUAGCUGAAAACGGAUGAGCAGAAUCUGAGGUGGGAUGCUGCUAUUCUGCUAGGUACGCAUCAGAAAGGAGAACUCAGGGGGAAAUUCACUUCUAAGCAUCCAGAAGUUCACUUAGAAGAAUGCACAAACUAUAGUUGGCAUUUAGCCAGAGGACAGACUGUUUAAAAAAAUGGCUAUGAAUGUAGAAAUUCCAAUUUCUCUCAACUUUGGCUACUCAAACUGUUUAAUAUUGGGCUAACUGAUUCCACCAGAGUGCCAUGCUGCAAACAGAUCCGGCUUUUUGCUUUUUCCAUUCAGACGUGCAGGUUCAGUAGGGGCUAAAGGUAAAAAAAAAAAAAGAAGCAGCUAGUUUUGAAGAUACAAUAAUAUGCUACCUAACAGAUUCUAGGUUAUUUUGGCCUCGUUUUUUAACUAGCUCUGGCUGUCCAUUUUUGUAUUUAAAGAAACAUAACCUGGUGUCCCUAAUACAGUGUUUCUCAACCUUGGCAACUUGAAGA